AUGGCCGAUGAAAUUUUCGACGAACCUGGCCGCGAGGAGCUCAUCAAAGAGAUCAUUGACGUGAUGUUUAUCACGCCCAUGAGCCAGCAGUUGAAAACGGAGAUUAGCGAUCCUCUGGUCGAAUUCAAGGUGACUAUGUUGUUUGACAAUGUACUCAAGCCAUGGAUAUGUAGCGAUACAAAGUCGGGUCAGAACAAGUCGACGCCCAGUACACCGGGCGGUUCUGGCUAUGAUACUCCGAAUCCUGGAUCAUCCAAAAGAAAAAGACAGUCAACCGACGGACAAUUUGAAAUUGCCAGUUCCCCUCUAAACCCAGACGCCCCCUCCCCUGCGCAAGUGUCAACAUCUGCAGCUACGCCUCGGGAAGCUACUCCGAAAAGGAUAGCACGCGAUCCCAAAUUAAAAGUCUUGAGUCUGGAUCGUGAUUGUCGUUGUAUCAUCACGAAUAUAUGGAACCCAGUUGCCCUCGUGGGUUGCCACAUCUACCCAAACUCUCUCGGGCAGGCUGGAUACAAACCGUCAUUCUGGGAGGGUCUCUCUCUCUUUUGGUCACAGGAAAAAGUGCAAGAGUGGCAAAGUAUUCUCGACGGUGCUAGAGGUCCUGAGGUAUUAUGCAACAUGAUCACGUUGAAUGCUUUGGCUCAUAAUGCAUGGGAUGGCGGCCUAUUUGCUUUAAAACACAUUAGCGGCAAUGAAGAUGGUCAAGGGAACACUAUGCAGUUACAGUUCCACUGGUUGCGACCCCUCAGCCCUGCUAAGAAGCUCUUAACUUUGACAGAGUUUUCGAGCAAACCAUCAUUCGCAUCAGACGCCGACAGUGGAGUGGAUGAUUUUUACCUCCACGACAACAUCACCCAUCAACCCAUCAAAUCGGGCCAAGUCAUCAACCUUGAGACGCGUUCACGUAUCAAACUGCCUCUUCCUUCCAAAUCACUGAUUGAUUUGCAAUGGUUUCUACACCGAAUCAGGGCACUGUCCGCAGGUGCAUUUCCUGAUGAGCUCGAACUGGAUGAUGACGAGGACGACGAUUUUGAUGAAAGGCCUUUGCCUGCAAGUUCUCAGACUACCUCGACAAGACUCUUUUCAAGCCAGUCAAACAAUCAUCAGGCCUCAAGCAUUAGCGGAGACUACUUUGACGACAAGUCGAUGCAACCUGAGGCUAACACCAGCACAGGAACAGAGUCGGCACGUGAUAUGAUGGAUGAUUUGUGA